AAAAUUGUGUGAAUGUGAAGUUUUAUUUCCGUAAUUUCGGCUACCGGAUAUUUAAUUUAAAUAUAUCAUCGAGACUGAAAUUUAUAAAUGCAUAAGAUAUGGAUGGAUUUUUAAGAUAUUGUAUGUUGUGCUUUUUAUUUCACACCCCUAAAGACUGAUUGGCAAUGUAGGUGAACUGAGGCAAGCAAGUGAUAACGGAACAACUCCUUAUGUUUUAAAAGUGAACACAGAUGAGAAAAAGCAGGCUCCAAGAACACGAACAGUCGAAUGAUACAGACAGAACGAAACAGCAUUUAGUAGAAGAUACUUAAAGAAACAACAUGAAUAUCAUAAUUCUAUCGAGUACUGAAUGCACUUUCGAAGACGGAUUUUGUGACUGGGAGAAUACUGAAACGGGCAAAUGGAUAAGAACACAAGGUGACAGCAUGAAUGACAGUUUACCAUCUCCCCGUACCAAGACAGAUGGCUUUUUCAUUGCAAUAACUAAUAAUCGAACAGAAAGUGAAACAAAUACAGUAACUGCUAAAGUCAUCAGUCCACCAUAUUCACUAGGACUUGCUUGUUUUCGAUUAUGGUACUCACUUACUACUAGACGAAACAGCAUUACAGUUAACGUUCGGAAGACAACAGGUCCAAAAAAAAGAGUUACUGUAGCUUUCUUGAGAAACACCGAUAAAGGAAAAUGGAUGCAAGUAUACAUAAAUCUUAACCAUUCGACGUCUUUCAAAAUUGAGAUUGUUGGUAAUCUUGGCAACGACAAUGCGGGAUAUGUAGCUGUUGAUGAUACUGUUAUAACAUCUGGCAUAUUAUGUUCAGCAGAUUGUGACUUUGAAAAUGGAUUCUGCGCUUGGAAGCAACUGUUACAAAAAUCUGAAGAUGACUUCAACUGGAAAAGAAGACGUGGCAGCACUCCUAGUGAAAAUACUGGGCCAGAGAACGAUCAUACUUCUGGAGAUGGAUAUUACAUAUACAUUGAAUCAAAUAAAAAAGAGGAAAAUAAUAUUUCUAGACUGACAGUUUUACUUGACGGCAUUGGACAAAAAUGUUUCUCAUUUUGGUUCUACAUGUAUGGGGAUGAUGUCAACUCUCUUCAUGUAUAUGUAGAAACGCACGCCGAUGGUGAAAAACGUGUAUUUUCGGCACACAAAAGCAAGGGAAAGCAAUGGAUAGAAGCACAAAUCGAGAUCAUUGAUAAGGUUUAUCAGAUAAUACUUGAAGGUGUAAUAGGUGCUGGUGAUUUAGGAGACAUAGCCGUCGAUGAUAUAACGAUAAGAUCUGGUGCUUGUAAACCAAGUGAAAAAGGAGGAUCUCUUAUUGCAGUUUAUAUUUUGGUUCCAAUAAUCAUUACAAUAAUUGUUGUGGUCGGUAGUGUGGCAAUAUUUAUAUGGAGGAAAAGAUGUUCAAGCAAAAGGACACCCUCUGAUGUUCCACGUUCUUCAAUAACCAAUAAAACAUACACAGGUCAUAUCGUUGAAAAUCAAAACAAUAAUAAGCACGCUAAGGCAAGCAAAACAGCUUCUGAUGGAAGUGAAUAUGCGGUUAUUACUGACGACAAUAUUCAGCCACAAGACUCUAACAAAACUGAAUACAACACUAUUAACAUGAACCAAAAAGUCCAACAUGACCGCGAUUACGGUUAUGAUCGUCUGAAACACACCUUAUCGCCUUUUGUUGAUAAAUCAUACUCACAUGUGUUGCCAAACGACAACAACAGUUUCGACAGAACAGAUGGUACCGAAAAGCCGUUGGCUGCAUCUAGAAAUGAAAAUCAGAAAGGAGGCAUCGAUCCUGUUGUUUCAAAGUCAAAGGAAAAGACAGGUAUCGGGUCUACUCCUUGUGAUACUACACAAAACACACCAAAAUUCGCGUUUGAAAUGGAAGAUGAGCUUGAUGUAGAAUACGAUCACGCCAAAGCCGGAGGCCUCGAUCCAGCCGUUGCAAAGCGUGACGAUUAUUCGCAUUUGCGUAGUGCGGAUUCAAAUGCACAUGCUAUAAAAGACAGGCAAGAAAAUGCUAAAAAAGACAUGUAUUUUGCUAUAUUGGAAAAAGAUGGGAACUUUGAAGAUGACCCUGGAACACAGGACUCGUGCAGUCAUGACUACUUCGUUCUAGAAAAAGAGCAAUAAGACUCGUAAGAGCUUGUGUUUGCUAUCACAUGUGCAUAUUAUCAAUGAGUUUUGUUUUCUAUUUUGGGCAAGCUGUUCUAACAGUUACUUUUAUCAACAGUAAAUAAUGUACCGUAUUUCUAGUAUAUACUGGCUCCUCUUAGCAAUGGAAUAAGACGAGACAUAAAGUAUGAGUAUAAAUUGUUAUCAGUA